AUGGAGACUGAUGCCAGGCCAUGGAGCGUAGAGGACGAGGAGGACCGGCUUGGAGGCCGAUUGCUACCUGCUGAGACGGCCAACAGCUUUGGAGGGCCCUACACGCCGUUUGCCAACAGCCUCACAAGAGCCCUUCUCCAGCAAGGACUUGGAGAGGUUGAGUCGAACUGGACUGUGGCCGCUUCUCCAGAGAGCUCAGGCAGGAGGAGCUCUGGCAACCUGGAGGGCAACUCUGCCCUGCGAGUGCAUCCAGGAAGUCAACUGGCAUCCCCUGCGACCACACCACCAGCAACCUCCCCGCUUACUAGUCAGGGACUAUCCUCCAGAGAAUCGUCCGCAAAAAAGUCUCAGGACCUGGAAGCCUGGUCAGAGAGCGUUCUCCGGCAGCUGGCCUCCAAAGAGGCUCGUCGCACUCCGAACUCCACCCAGAGGCAAUUGGAGAGGUUGACUCCGGGCGACAUCGCGGCCAUCUUUGGGGUCAGCAUUGAUGUGGAUGCAGACAAGGAGAAGUCGUCAAAUGCGACUGGGCAGGAAGGGGCGAGACCUCGUGUUCCAAAGCUUAACCUAGCGAGCAUCAGGCGGGAGGAUGAGGAUGAGGAGGAGGAAGAAGAUUUUGACAACAAAGUGGGUUCAGACGCCGUGGGAGUUCUCCCUGCGCCAUCAACGCAGAAGCCGGCGGUGAACAUCCCACCGCUGCCGCUGCAAAGUCUCCCAGGUGAGCUGAGCAACCAGCAGGGGAGUGUGCCGAACCAAAAUGCAAGGAAGCUGGUGCCUUUGGCGCAGAUCCUGCAGCGUAGGUCAAAGAGAGACUUGAGCAUGUAUUGUGAUGACCUGACCCUCAUGCUCUUCAAGCAGAACCGUGGAGCUCGGAACAAUAAGAGGGCCAUGUCCAAGUCCAAGACGGCGGUUGAGCUGCCGCCAUUGCAGCCACACCCUGGGCCAAAGGUGAGUCACGAGAAGGCCAUCACAGGUGUGCAGGACAUCGUGCACGCCCACUUCCACUACCACUACCAUGUUCCAUCAUAA